CGCACUCGACCACCACCAUCACCACUUACAACCACGGCAGUCGAACUCCAACUCUCUCCAGACAACAAACAACAUCCUUAGUCAAGUAGCCAAACAAGAUGCUAUCACGACAAGCCCUCCGCGCCCUGCGCCCUCCAUGCGGCGUCGUCCGGCCCUUUUCCUCCACUCCCACGAUCCUCUCCAAAACCCCCUCUCUAGCCGACAUCAAGCCCAACGGAGUCGAAGCCUUCAACGCCAAACAAAAGUUAUUCCGCGAACAGUUAGCAGAGCAAAAGCGACAACAGGAAGCCAAAGCAGCCCAGCUCGCCGCCGCCGAAGCCGCCGCCCACGAACCCCCUCGCAAAGCUGGCCCCCUUACGAAUCUUAUCUACGGCACCAAAGAAGGAAGGGAACUGGAUGCCCGUCUUGAAGCGAGUUUCAGCCAGGUGCUAGCGCGCGGCAAGUACGUGCACAGCAUCACGUUUGACCAAGUCAAGCCUGAGUGCGUGGACGAGUACGUGGGGUUGGUGGGCGAGUGGUACCCGAAGUGGGCGCAGGAUCCGGAGAAUCGAGUGCAUUUGGUGGGCAGUUGGCGCGGGGAGGUGGGGGAUGUUGAUACGUUUGUCCACAUCUGGGAAUACCAGCGCUACACAGGCCUGCACUCCUCACUCUCCUCACUCAGCUCCCACCCCUCCAACGCCCACGCUUCCUUCUCCAAACGGCUCGCCCCCCUCCUUUCCAAGCGACACACCUCUUUAAUGCAAGAAUUCUCUUUCUGGCCUACCACACCCCCGCGCCAACUAGGCGGUAUCUUCGAGCUGCGCUCCUACACCCUCCACCCGGGUAAUUUGUUGGAGUGGGAGACGCACUGGCGGAGAGGACUAAAGGCUAGAAGGGAAGUCAUGGAAGGAGUGGGCGCUUGGUUCGUGCAGAUUGGCGACCUGAAUACGGUGCAUCACUUGUGGCAGUUUGCCGAUCUCGAGGAACGAAGAAGGCAGAGGGAGGAGAGUUGGGCGAUUAAAGGGUGGGCGGAGACGGUGCAUAAGACUGUGCCGCUGAUUCAGACGAUGAAGAGCCGGAUUCUGGUGCCGAUGCCUUGGAGUCCUGUUGCGUGAGCCCGGGGAUUUAGGUCAAGAGAGAUUUCAAGGAUAUAUGCGCUUGAGAUUUGAUAGGACUUGAGGGCAAGUAGUGAAGAGAUGGACGAAUUAUUGGAACUGGAGGAUAAUUAGGGAUCAUGUGUAAAUGCUGCGUUUUAUGUUGUGUGGAGUGUUAGCGAGCUAGGCGAAUCUUGCAAUCAGGUCUGAGAUCUGAUGAACAAAUAACAAUCGUCUUUGUACCAAUUCUCGAGAAGCU